AUGGCUCUCGUCGCCCGCCAUCUCUCUGCGUGCCGACCACAGCUUGCAGGCCUACGAGCCAAGUCGCCGUCCAUCGGCAUCGCCAUGUCGACACGACAAGAGCACACCUCAUUCCCCUCCUACCUCGUCACCCCGAAAGAACUCCAUGCCGCCCUCAAACAGAACUCCUCCUCUUCAAUCUCCACCUCCCCGAGGGUCAUCCCUCUCUGCGGCUCUUGGUUCCUCCCCAACGAUCCCGCCAAACGGACCGGGCGCCAGGUCUUCGAGAAGGCCCACAUCCCCGACGCACGCUUCUUCGACCUCGAUGCCGUCUCCGACACGUCCAGCCCGUACCCGCACAUGCUGCCGAGCGCCGAGACGUUCGCAGACGCGGUCGGCAAAGCCGGGAUCCGCGCCCACGAUACCGUGGUCGUCUACGACUCCGCCGAGCUGGGCAUCUUCUCCGCUCCACGCGUCGCCUGGACCUUCAAAAUCUUCGGCCACCCGGCCGUGCACAUCCUCAACAAUUUCAAGCUGUGGGUGGAAGAAGGUCUGCCGGUGGUCGACGGGAAGGAACACGGAUUCGAUCCGGUCGAAUAUGCUACUCCCCAAUUGGACCGGAGCAAGGUCGCUUCUUUCGAGGAGGUGGUCGAGAUCGCAAAAGAUCACAACAAGGAAGGUCGCGAGGAGGUCCAGAUCUUGGACGCUCGUUCGACGGGCAGAUGGAAGGGUACCGAGCCCGAGCCUCGCCCAGGUCUGUCCUCUGGACACAUGCCCGGCAGUAUCUCUCUGCCGGUCCCGCUUCUCCUCGACCCGACCACCAAGGCUUUCCUGCCACCGGAUGAGCUCCGCCGUAUCUUCGAGGAGAGAGGAGUGAAUGCAUCGCAACCCAUCGUGUCGUCUUGUGGGACCGGCGUCACUGCAGCAGUCAUCGAUGCCGCUCUGACCGAGGCGGGCUACACCACCGAAGGCCGUAGGAUCUAUGAUGGCUCGUGGACCGAAUGGGCCAUGCGUGUCAAACCGCAAGAUUCGCUCAUCGUGAAGGAGACUUGA